UCAAACCGAAUCGCAUCACAUCGCUACACUACACAAUCUGCCAUCUACAAGGACAAGGAUGGCGUUUCCUCCACAACAACCGUUUUACAGCCCACGUCUUCCAUUCACGGGGGCGAUUCACGGGCGGCUUCAACAGGGACUAAGUAUCAUUGUAUCUGGCCGAGUCCUUCCAGGUGCAAACAGAUUCCACGUCAAUCUGCAAUCCGGCUCCGGUACUGGGGUGGAUGUGGCCCUUCACUUUAACCCGCGCUAUGAUAUGGGUCCGGCGUUUGUGGUCACCAACACUUACCGGAGAGGCACCGGAUGGGGGCAAGAGGAGAGGACGCACCAAACUCUUCCAGCAGGAGCUGCGUUCAAUUUAAUGAUCCUGGUUGGCCCAGAUUCCUACAAGAUUGCCACUAAUGGGUGCCACUUGAUGGAGUACAAGCAUCGUAUCCCGUACAACCUGGUGGACACUAUCCACAUAGAGGGAAUGGUGGAGGUCAGCUCCAUAGCAUUCCAGAACUCUGGGCCGCAGCCCCAGCCGCCAUAUAACCCCGGGUUUCCAGUCCCAACUCCCGGGUUUCCGGCAACGCCUGGAUUUCCAGCCCCGACGCCUGGGUUUCCUCCUACGUACCCAUUUCCAACACCUGGAUUUCCUCCUGGUCCAGUUAUAUGUCCUGGAUUUCCUCCUGCCCCCACUCCCUGCCCCUGUCCACCUGCAGUGUCCUAUAGCGUCCCAUACAGAACCACUAUAAACGGUGGACUCUACCCUGGGAAGACUGUUACUGUCCAAGGAACCAUCAAUAACUGUGCCAAAGGGAUAGCUGUUAACCUGUGCUUCGGUGCCAGCAGUAUAGCACUACACUACAACGUUCGCUUUGAUGAGAGGGUCGUGGUGAGGAACAGCCACAUGCAUAACAAGUGGGGCCAUGAGGAACGCGGCGGUGGAAUGCCCUUUCACCUCGGCCGGCAAUUUGUGUUGACGAUUGUGUGCAAUCCUCAUGGCUUCAACAUCAUGGUGAAUGGCAAUCAAGUCCACACCUACAAGCACCGCCACACAAGUCUACACGAGAUCAAUGAGUUGAAGGUUACUGGAGAUGUGACACUGUCUUCUGUUACAGUUUAAGACAGAGGUACCCUUAGGCCAGAUUCACACUAGAGCGUGGCGGAGCGGCAGUGAGAUGACGGAGGUCUUUCUGCUUAGUUUCGGCCGGUGUGUUCUACAGACAGCGUCAGCGUUUGCGGUCAGUCCUGUUCAAAAUCCCCCCACAGCCACAGCUAGUUUGGCAUUCAUUUUGAAUUGGACACCGCCGGCCGCUGCCGUCCAAAAUCCUCUCGAGUUCUAUUUUCCAAAUGCAGCGUGGAGCGGUACCAUCUCCCGCACCACUACCGCCCGACUACUGCCGGUUGGUGUGGAAGGACAGCUCUGUUUCCGAGCUCUUUUCCAAAAUGAGAUAUAUCCAUAUAUAUCCAUUUUAUAGAAUGUUGGGAAAUUGACAUUUUUGUAUUGGGCAUUCCAUUGAAAUGCAUUGCAAAAUGCAUUUUUUAUAGAGGUUUUAAAGUAUGUUCUCAAAAUAUUUGAAUGGCAAGAAUUCACACAUAGAUGAUAGGACAUCUUAACAUUCAAUCCCAAUAUUAAAAUGCAAAAAGUCAAAAAUGGUGGAUAUAGCGUUUUGGAAAAGAGCUCUUCAUAUACAGUUUUUUCGCCACCUCCGGUGAAAACCACUUCCGUCCCGCCCCGCUUCCCCGCUCUGGUGUGAAUUAGGCCUUAUGGAGAUAGACAUCUUUCCAGGGACCAUACCAACAUCUAUUGCUAGAGUUUCGGCAGCUUGGCAUAUUUUUUUUAUGUAUGUAUGUAUGCAUGUGUGUGUCUUCAUCACAGAUCCACUUCAAUCUGAUUUGCAUUUUUGUUCAUUAGACUGUAACAAAUUGUUUCAUGGACAGCCUGGCAAUGCAUCACAGACCCCAGACUCCACAUGUACAUUUAGACAGUAAACAGCAAACAUGUUGUACCAGUCAGAUUUUUUUACAUACAGUAUAUUUUUUUAUAUUAAUCAAAUUACUUAUUUCCCUUAAGAGAAAAAACCUACUUAGAUCCAUUCCAUGUUUAAUCAAGUCACUGUAACUAUUAUAUCAUUGAUGUUUCCUGCAUUGUAGUACAAUAAACAUUUGGGACAAAGAAUUAACUCAAAAGCCAUGCUUUAAAUGUGUCUACACAUAUUUUUUCAUGGGGCGGUAGUGGCUCAGGUGGUAGAGGAGCUGUUUGGCAACCAGGAGGUUGCAGGUUGGAGCUCUACUUGACCCCAUCGAUGUGUCCUUGUGCAAGUUGCUCCUGUUGGCAGGUUGGUACCCUGUGUGGCAGCCACUGUCACCGGUGUGUGAAUGAGAGUGAAUGGGUGAAUGUGAGGCAUACAAUGUAGGGCAUUCAAUGUAAAGUGCUUUUGAGUGCUCGAAGGAGUGGAACGGUGCAAUAUGGAGUCAUCCAUUUAUAAGCUGGGUCCGUUCCUGCGGUGGUUUUGUAGGCAAGGCAUUGACCCUUGCCUACAAAUCCAUCGCAGGAACGGCCCCAGCUUAUCUGAAGGACCUACUAACGCCUUAUGUUACUCGAAGAGAACUUCGCUCAUCCAGCACAAGCCGUCUGGCUCUGCCAUCCAGUCGCUCUAGGUACUCCCAGUCAAGACUGUUUUCUUCUUGUUGUACCCAAGUGGUGGAACGGUCUCCCAGAGGCAGCAAGACUAAGCACAUCUCUUGUAGCCUUCAAGAAACAAGUAAAGACCUUCCUCUUUCGAGAGUAUCUACU